AUGCAGUCAGUGGAAGCAGCGACGGCUCUCUACUGGAAUCCUGACGAGUUAGCGAAGCAAAUUGCCAUCGUUGACAGUCAACUGUAUAACGAAGUGAGUGUCGGCAAGCAUUCUUUAUUAUCUAUUGCUACAUCAGCAACGCCUACUUCUAUGCUAGAGGCGACCAAACUGAAACACUUGUUGGACUUCCAGCAUUAUUUGAGCCACAGUUUCGCUCAUCAAAUUAUUUACUGGAUUCAUCUCGUUAAUACGUUUAAUCCUUCGGCGACCACAAGCACCACAGCAGCAGCCGUUAUACCUCCUGUUGUCAAUCCGCAACACCUUAAUAAGGAAAAUCUACUUACCCAUUUGAUACGUGUGGCUUACUUGCUGUUACAUGCAUAUUAUGAUUUUUCUGGUUUUGCUGCCAUCAUGAAAGCCCUCACUUUCCCCGAAGUGCGUCGAUUAUUUCACAAUACAACGGGUGGCAACAAUGAUAACAAAAAGCAAUUGUCAAUAUGGGAACAUACUAGCUCACGCACAAAGGAUAUGUUUCGUGAUUUAGUGUCUAUAAUAUCAUCGGAGAACAAUUAUCAGGCCUACUACCGAACUCUGAGGACCAAACUAUUAGAACAGCAGUUGAAGCAACAAAGUCUGCAAUCGCAACAACAGCAACAAGAACAGGCAUACAAUGGGACAACGGCAAUAAUGAUAGCUGUUCCUUGGUUCGAACCUCAUUUGUCAAAGAUUAAGUCCAUUGUCAAUUCAUACAAAGCAGGAGACAAUGUCCAAAGCGAAGAUCGGUUUCUUUCAUCCCUUUUGGUUGUUUUAUCAGCACCAGGUGCUCAUAAACUUGAUAUGGAAGUGUCUAUCCUUGAAUUAAGCCAGCAUAAUUCUUGUAGUAGUAACCUCUCACUUGAGGAAAUUUUGAAUAAGCGAAACUCAUUGUCACCAACAGCAGUCGGUGCAAAGACCAUCCAUAUUGAAGGGCUUAGAGCUGCCAUUCUAACUACUUCCAAUCUACAUUCUUUGGCACCUGGUAAACAGUUAAUUCAUCACUGGCUGGUUUCUCGAGUCUACUUGACAAAAGAGCAAUUGAUUAAUGAAAGCACUGAAGUAGAGCCUUUGAGGUUGGGAGAACGUCCGUUGUCCCCUGCACCUUCAUCUUGCAAUUCUGCGUCUAUGGGCAAAGAUGACCUUACCGAAGAUACUGAUCUCAAAGAAGUUGAACUGAAGGAAAUGGUACCCAAAGAUGAUUUGAAAAAGGAAGAACAAGAGGCAGGACAUAAAGAUUCUGAGCAACUACAAAAAGAAUCACAACCUACUUCGGAAUCAAUUCUUUCACAUCCAUCAACCACCGUUAGUAAGCCUAAAUCAAGCCUUUCUCCUACUGCGCCGGAGUUUAUUCCUCAUCAACACAAGUCAACCACAACAAUUUCAACAAUAUCAACGGAAACAAGUGAGGAGAUAUGGCUAGGAUAUCCAACGCAAGAAGAAGGAGAGGAAUCUGAAAGAUGGGGAGGGUAUCCUAUACCAUCUAAUGAGACAGAUGAAGAUGAAGUAUGGAAGGGUUAUCCUGGGCCUAAUAGUAGCACAGACAGUCCCCGACGGGCCUCUUCGCAGUCAGAAACGUCAGAAGAAUGGAAAGGUUAUCAUGCUACCAAAAUGGAAGCAGACUGGCAAAGGGAAAGCGCACUAAAAGUGCAAGAACAUGAGUGGCAAGGUUAUACUUUGGAGACAUUAGAUGAAGACGAGUUAGAUUCCAGUACUAUGAUGAAUGGUGAAUUUGAAAAAUCACGCCAAGCACGCCAUGAAAAGCAAAAUUUAUACGAAACACAAAGAAGAGGUAGAAGACAUAUUUAA